AUGUGCCUACGCUACCUACUUUUCCAAUGCUUUGACCCGACUACACCUGACAAUCAAAUCCACCACUAUGUCAACGAAGGUUAUUAUGCAUUCCAAGAAUAUGCAAUUGUGUAUUGGGUUGAUCAUCUAGAGUCUCUGAUUGAGCAAUUAUCACCAUCGGACCUUGAAAACUCAGAACAAUGCGACCUUGGGUCCGCCAUUGCGGAAUUUUACGAGAUUUUUGGAGUGCAAAACACAAAAAGAAAAGUUCGGGCCGCUCAAGAUGAACUUACAGAGCCAAAGGAGUUGAAGAUCAUCCUCGAGAAACAAAAGCUCAAUACUUAUUACGGUUCAAAAUGGAUAAAAUGUCCUCGCCAUGCAUGUUUCUACUUCCAUGAGGGGUUUCCUGAUGAAUAUAGUCGUGAUAAGCAUCUUCAACGACACGAGAAGCCCUUCUUAUGCACCGAUCUAAGUUGCCUGAGAAAACAUUGGGGAUACAGUACCGAGAAGGAACUCAAAAGACACAUGUUAUUAGAGCAUCCCGAUCCAGCAGCUUUCGGAGGUCUAAAGAUACACCAACGAAAACAUGAUGGAACAAAACCAUUCAAGUGCGAAUUUCCUGGCUGUCGAGCGAAAUUUUUGAGGAGAUGGGAUCGUGAUAGACAUGCGAGGGCUACUCAUUCAGGAAUGGGAAAUGCUAGUGGAUCGCAAUCAACACAAUCUACACCAGUUCAAAGUCUGCCAUAG